AUGGCAAAAGAGGAAGAAAGGAGGGACAGUCUCUUCUUUGACUCUCUCACCUACUUUUUGGUGGGACUGAGUGUUGCUCUGAUCUACUCCUUUGCGGACAAUGACCACUUUAUGUUCUACAAGGUGUUCAGAGAGGCUGGAAUCCAUGUAGACUUUCCACACUACUACACUCGUCAACUGGUUGUGUUUUGGGGAUUCGUAGCCUCGUUCACGUUCAUGUUUGUCGGAGUGUUUAACAAGAAGAUAUGCACAUUUGUGGGUUGGCUGAUGCCCCUCUCGUACCUCUACAUCACUUCCAAGGUUACAGAGUAUGGAAGUGUCAAGUUUGGGACUGGCAUGCUUCGUGCCAUUGCACUUACUUCCAUAGUCUCCCACAUCUUUCAGACCUGCUUCGUAUUCCAAAUCUUUGAGGAGACUGAGGGCUUGUGCCAGAGAAUACUGAGCUUUGUUGGAGGCUACUUUUUGGGAUACCCAGUGGUGACUAGACUCCUCCUCAGAAGAGUCUUGGUGGAUGGAAUGAUGGAUAGUGCCUCCAUAGGAGACGACCUCUUCCACUUUUGCACAACACUCUUCUUCAUAACGUUUACCAUGGCUGCAUGUCUGACUUACCUCUUUUAUGGUAUGACUGGGGGUAUGGAUACUCAUUAUUGGCUACCAGCCUUUUCCCCGUCAAUGGGAGACAAGAUAAGUCUAGGCACCUGUGUCUACCUUUGGAUUCUCAACCCGGUUUGUAUAAGCAUACUACCUCAGACCUUGAUGGAACAGUCAGAGUACCACAACCACGUCUUUAUUCAGAGAGUGUCCUUUGCAAUAGCUCUACUGGCUAUACCCUCAGUAGUGGGCUCAAUGGACGUCUCAAUGCGCUGUAUACUGACUCUGUGGAAGAAGAGGACUCUGAGGUAUCUGGAGGGUCUAAAGGCUGCCAUAAUGGUCUCUGAGGAACUGAAUGAGAUGGUUGAGGAGGAUGGAAGGGAGGAGUCUCCACUCUCUAUAGUCUACAACAGUUCAGACAUUAAAGUGCCCUCUCACAUUUACACUUGGUCCUCUAUAAACUGUGACUCUUUCAGUGACUGGGAACACAGAGACGUUGAGACCAGAGACUCCAUUCUCUCGGCAAUCCUUAUCCUGGACCUGCUAAUCAAGUUGGAGAAUACUCUAGAGUUGGGACUUGUUGAAGACAUUCUAAAGCUAUACUGCUCUUCCAAGACUAAAGAUCCACUCGUUACCUGCACAGUGCUUCUGACUGACAAUAAGCAGGUCCUCCUCACCGUCCUGUCGAGGUCCAUGGGAAUGUCAAAGGGGCUCCUCACUCAGGUCGAGAAGAUACCCAAUUGCUAUAAUGGAGGUUUUGGUGGAGAUAACUCCGAACGUUGCUGUUUCAAGAAAAAUGUCUGUGAGAGUGCCUCUACCAAUACUGUCUCCGGUGAUACCUCUGCUAAGGAUAAAACCUGUGACUGUUGUUGUCCAGUGUCAAUCUCUGAGAUUAGGACCUUUGUGACUGAAUCUGUUACUUCAACUGAGGAAAGCAUCUGCACAAUGGUGGCUAAGAUAAAUGCUGAUGCAAUACUAUCAUCCAUGGAAGCCUCUGAUCUAACACUUGACUCCGCAAAAGUCUGUGUAGCAGUACUAAAGGCCUACUAUCAAAGCUGUAUCUGGCUUCUCAUCUCAAUACUCUGCAUAGAGGAGGCUAUCCUACUCGCUAUUUGGUUCUGCAGACUCUGUGAGUUGUACAAGGGCAUUUGUGAGAGCAUUGAUAAGAUAAAGACAUGUGGAUGUAUAAGUAAGUCUACAGAAAAUACUGCUGUAACCAUAAAGACAUGUUCUGUGACAACACUGGAGAACUUUGACGACUGUGACUGUCUCUGCAUAAUUUCUCACUAUGGCAUCAAGGCAGUUACAGAGGCUAUAAUAACCAGACUUCACUGUUUGAGGACAGAACUUGUUACCAGAUCUAAUACUACAUGCACAUUUCAAAAGGUAGAAACCUCUGAUUUGGCUUCUGAGGCAUACUUGUUGGACUCCAUCAAGGCAGCUAUCAUACUAUUGUCCGGUCUUGACAGUGUCUACAAGUUCAUAGUAGAUACAUUUAAAGGAGCAUGCUGGUGUUGUCGCAAGGACAAGGCUCCUCUGUAUCCAGCCGUACUCUCAUGUUUGCUUGUCUGCUAUAGACUUUGUUCCAGACUCUUCCGAGAUGCUUCUGAAGGCACUAAAAUCUUGGAGGAUACACUGCUAUGGUACAAGUGUAUAUUUAUGGCUAAGAAGGAUAUGAGUGAUAGCACUAAAUGUAUAGUUGAUGUGCCUAAGAAAGAGAAUGAAGUCAAUAAGGCAGAGGGAUGUCUGAAAGAAACUAAGAACCUGAAGUUGACAAUCACUUCAUUUGAGACAUUCGUAAAGAGUGCACAAACUUCUUUAUCCUAUUUCUAUAGCCUAAAUAGUACAGAUGGUGAAGGAUAUGCCGUUUACUAUAAUUUAGAUGUGGACAAGACUAAUAAAGCAGUAAAAUACCUUUCUAAGUUAGCAAUGACAGAUAACAAGAAUUACACUCUUUCAUCAAAAAAUCUAGUCCUGCAGGAAGGAAUGUCUAAAUCUGGUUUCAUGUCUAGAAGUAGUUUCUGCAUGAAUAGACAAAAGGCUAAUUUAGAAGAUCAGAAAGAACAAGAACCACACUGUAAAUGUUGUAGUAGUAAAGACGAUGGAAUUUGUGAUAAGUGCGAAAAGGAUGAAUCAUGUAAGGAUUGCAAGGACUGCAAGUGUGAAUGUAAAUGCGAGUGUCCUGAUAAGGGAUGUCAAUGUGCGAAAACAGAAGAGAAGUGUACUAGUAUAAGCGUAUUUGAUCGUCUAUCAAAAGUUAUAGGGUGUAAAUGUAGCUGUGAAAAAGAGGAAAAGAAAUGCUCCGAUUGUUUUAAUAAACUAUGCAGUAGUCUGUCUGAGUUAAGUACUAAAAUAAAAGGUGUUGCUGAGGGAACAAAGGAGGAGAAAAAAUGUGAACACAAGGAAGAAUGUAAAGGACUCUCUUGUCAGACUAAAAGAUUCUCACUUUUUUUGAGUUUAUGCAUGAAACAUCUUAGCGAAAGUUCAAAUUGUAGUUGUAACCCCAAAUCCUGUUGGUGUUGUCCUAGCAAAACAAAAUGUCUAGCAGAUGAAUCAAUUUGUGGAAUAUCUUAUACACUGCAAAAAUGGUUUGCUUGUUCUAGUUGCACCUGUAUCUAUAGAAACUCUUCCGAUAUGUUAGAUUCAGCACUUAACUUGGUUGCUAGUACAGUUGAUGCUAGUUUUGGUAUUAUUGGUGCCUUUUUUGGUUCAGUAGGAUCUUUUUUUGGCAUAAAUGGAGGAUUCAAAUAUGGUCUAUGCAAAUGUCUAGUUAAGGUCCUAAAAUGUGUUUACAAAGAAUUAAAAUGCACUGGAACUAAAUGUGUAUGUUGCCCUUGUUGUAAGAAAAAUGGAGAUCUGCUUAAGUGUAAAUGUAAAUGUCCAGAUACACAAGGUCCAUGUAAAUGUGACUGUAAGUGCAAGUGCACCGGUAACGGAGACUGUUGUGUGGAUGGAAAAGAGUGUGAAUGUGAAUGCACAUGUGAACUAUGUUGGAAGAGGCUUUUCAGAUGCUUCGUGAUUUGCGGAUUUAGUUGUGGAGAGAACUGUAAAUCUGGAGGGGAAAAUUGUUGUAAAUGCUGUUGUACAAAGACAGGACAAGAGCAAUGUAAAUGUAAUGAGAAGACUACAGGUGAUCAUAAAAACUGCACUAACAAAUGUGAAAAGUGCCUACUUUGUAUGUAUACACAGAACAUGUUCUUUUGUGAAACAUGUUGCUCUGAAUCUUCAUCUUCAUCUCAAUCCCAGUCCACUGCUAUUUCCUGCAAAUGUAACUGUAAAGAAGGUGGAGGUGGGAAGUGUUGUUGUGAAGCUAUCACUGAAGAGAAGAAGAAAGAGGAAGAGAAAACAUGCUUAAAACUGGACUGUUGCUGUGGAGACAGACUUGGAUGCUCCAUUGAUAAGAUUACCUGUCUCCUUAAAUGCAUGGAAAAGGAACUCCCAACUUUAUACUGCAUAGCCAGCAAACUUGACUGUCAACUGUUCCAGUUUUGUGAGCAACUGUGCAGCGUUUUGGACACUCUUGAGGAUGUAAAGUAUGUACUGACAAAGGCCACCGAUAUAGCAGAAUGUAGGAUCAAAAAGGUUCAAUGCAUGAUAGGCUGUUACAGAGCCAAGUUUAAAUCACUAGAGGAACAAAUAAAAUAUAUAGACCAAAAGGAUGAAAUGUAUCCAAGGGUUGUGGACCUUGUCAAGAAGACUGGAAAGUUUGCUGUGCUAGUAACAUCCUACUCUCCAGAAAUUGAGGCUACUUAUAUGAAGACUGAUUUCCAUAGUGAACUACUCAAGGCUACCACCCAGAAUCUGGCAGAAGUAGCUAUGUGUGUAAAGACUACCAGUCAAUUAGCUGCCUCAACAGGUCGUAGCAGAGUGGCUUUACUGGCUGACUCCAAGACUGUCCAAGUGGAUGCUCCCAACAAGAGUGACAAGGAUAACUCUUCCAUUCUAAAGGAGUAUCUAUUCAUCGUCUGUAGGAUCAUCUUUCUUCUACUGAGGUUCCAGAUUAUCGACCCUAAUAGCCUCUGGCUUGUGAAGGUACUCACCGUCUCAUUCAGCAUUCUCUCCGCUGUUUACCUCAAUCUCCUCAUCACUGAGCUUUCUAGCGACCUUGGCAAGCACACUGGAUACUUGAUCAACCUCAUGCUUCUCUGUGGAGUUGGGACAAACUUUAUCUACUCCUGGCUGUUCCACCUGUUUGACUACGUCAGCAUAGUCUACCCCUUUGGCAACAUUGUCUCUAAACUGGAGACCUCAAACCCCUCAGUGGACUAUGGCAAGUCUCGGUACAGCAUGUUUAUUAGUCUGAUAUCCUCUCUCAGGACUGAGUUUAACAGCAUCUUUGGCAUAUUCUCAGACCUGGACACCACUAGUUCUUACUCUGGUAUUAGACAGAACGUCUACCCAUUCAGCACAAUGUCAAAGAGUCUCAUCAGCUCAUUCAGAGGCACUCUUGACUUUACUCCUAUACUCAAUGGUCCAAACAGAAGUGUCUCUGCCAUCAUGGAUCACAUCUCAUUCACUCUACUUGGAUGCCACUCGGAUGACCUCCUGACAAAGUCUAGUGGUUACUUUGGUGACUUGAACAGGGAGAUGCUUUGGCACUCUUGGUACGCCAACACUGUGAUCACUGACACCACUCUCUUUUACUACUACCUCAGACGCUCCAUCCUGUUUGAGAUGAGUGAGAUUGUCCGUCUGAGACCAGUUGACAAGCCAUUCUCAAGGGGAUUCACCAACUCUAGACAACUGUGGAAACACUUUGGCAAGAUCCAAGUAGACCUCUCCUUCAACGCCUCUCUCAAUAGUCCCGAAAUUGAGAUACCGAGGAGCAGACACCAGUUGAACCUCUUGAGGGAGAGACUCUACCAGGAGUAUAGACAAAAGUGGCUGGUAUACCAACUCAGGGCUACAAAGUCUCUUGUGAAUGUACCUUUGGAUGAACAUAGCAGUAGUGAAGACCUGCCAUUUUUGUACAUUAAGGAGCUGGACACAGUACAACUGACUGCAAACUCCCUUGACAAACUGGAUAAAAAGUACUCUGACGUCUACAGAGGUACCAAGAUAAACACUUGCAAGAUUCUCAAAAAGGAGAUCAAGACUUGGAGGAGCUCUAAACUCGGCUUUUGUGAAACUCUGUCUGAUGAGGGCGAGUGCAAGAGGGCUGUGAAUACCGCAGUAAAGUCCCUUGAGGGAUUCUUUGACACUUGUGAAGACCAUAAACCUGUAAAGGACAUGAUAGAGUACAUUACCUCCACAGACUAUUACUCCACCUACACUCAUGGCGACUCCGACCUUGACACUGACCACAAGAUGGCACUCUUCGACUUGACAUUCCACCAAGAUGGACUGGAAAACAACUAUCGCAUAUUUAAAGGGUUCAAGAACUCAAUUUCUCAUACUCUUGACCACCAACUGGAGAUCGCCAAGAGGAACAAGACAACCUCCCUCAUCCCUCUUGGCAUAUACACACUUCACUAUGGACUCCAGAUAUCGCAUCAUACACUUGAACAGAUUGAAAAGGGUACUUUUGUUAAAUAA